CGAUUCUUCCUGUCCAUGGUUUUAAUGGGUAGGCUACAGAAAGCCUCUCAUCAGGAUGUUCCAUUAGUAUCAUUUGUCAAUAGUGCAGAUUAUGUGAGUGAACCUUUUGUGCCUAAUAAUUUUGCAGAAGAUGGUUCUUAUCCUAAGUCUCCGGAACUAUCUAGUGAUGAAGGAGGGCUCGACAUGCAAAGUUCUUUUGACGUUCUAUCUGAAUCAAAAAGUAAAAUGCUUGAAGAUGAAAUUAUCAUCUGCUUCCAGGAGGAAUGUGGUGAAGCAGAGUCAAGGGAUGAAAAAAUGGUGAACCUGAUGAAGGGGAUCAAGAUUAUUUGCGGUAGGAAUUUGUUAAGAGUGUUCCUGGCCUGUGAAUCCUGUGAUCCUCCUUGCUCCUGUCCAGCUACAUACAAUUCGGACGGGGGUUGGUCUUGGACAUACAAGUGGCAUGUUGUUAGUAGUCAGAAUUUUUGAAUGUUUUCCAAUUGUAAAACAUUCAAACGCUAAAUAGACACUCCCCAAAGAUAAGAUCGACCUUCUUCAACUUAUAUCGAGCUAGUGCUUGAAAGAUCUAAUUUAAGUACAGGAGAGACAGUAAAGCAAAUGAGUAAGGACAGGCUACAAAGAAACUUUGCGAAUGAGUAAACUAAAACUGUACAUGUUUUCCAACUCUUCCUGCCUUCAUUCAUAUCUUGUUGUGGAGCUUGGACGGCGC